AAGGCACAAGGCCUGGCUAGGAGAUCUCGAGCCUCCAAGACACGACUCGUUUCUUUUGCGGUAGAAGAGGGUGGACGGUGAGUUGAAAAUCUGCCCCCGGGGCACUUGAUAUUUGCAAGCUGGAAAGGAUCCUCGUUGUGUUUCGUGCCCACCGAGCUGCCUUGUUCUCAUGGAGACCCACGGCGUUUUGUGGGCGAAGAAUCUGCGCUGUCGACUGUCGUCCGCGUCAACGUCAGCUUGUCUCUUGUUCUUCUUUUCUUCCCCUGAUGAUUUUGAGGAAGAUGACAUAAGCGAUUUCCGGCAGGCUAGUUCUUCCGUUUCCGACAUGCCGGAGUUGGCAAGUCCACGCGGGCGAAACGACUUGCGUAGAAAGGUCAGCGACGACGGCGAAAGGACGUUUCUAUCUACUAUUGCAUAGCUCGAGACGCAGCCGUUGAAUCACGGCGCUUGCAGGAAUCGCUCUUUAGCACACCAUGAGGGCAACUUUACGACUUUUGGCUAAUGUCAAGCCAGCAAGAUACCUAGAGCCCUUCACGCCGACCGGUCUUACUGGCCUUUCAACCCACCCCAGUCCUCGACCAACGCUCAUCUACCUCUAUACCACAACUCUCCAGAAACUUAAGGCAAUUCCGGAAUCAUCUGUAUAUCGCAAAUCGACAGAGGCCCUUAUCAAGCACCGAUUGGAUGUUGUACAGUCUACGAAGCCACCGGGGUUCGACGCCUGGCUGCAACGAGUAAGAGCUCUUGUUGCUGAGAACCCAGAUAAAUACAAGGCUGCUCUACGGGAGGAUGGUACAUACGCUGCAUUCCAGCUUGAAGAGGAGAAUAUUGCCAAGGAAGACGAGCUUUGGGGCGGAGAUACCUCUAAAGUGCAGCAGGAGGGAGCAUACCUUAGCGAAGAGGAGAUGGAGGAGCGUAUGAAGGAAUCAGAAGCACAAGCUGCCCAUCAGGGGACUCCCACUAUCCAUUGGGAGGCAGAGCCAGCUCUGGAGGCUGCACAGUACGUUUGGUCUCACUUACCUAGGUUUUGCACUGGUGCUAAACGAAAUUCACAUUAGGAUUUCCGAGAUUGAAAACAAGAUUGGCGGUGGAUUGAUAGAGGAAGUGAUCCAGGUUGCCGAGGGAGAACUCAGACUUGUUGAUGAGAUGGUCAAGAGCAAAGUCUGGGAGGAACUCGUGGAAAAGCCCAAGCCUGGCCAGUGGACUUACUUUGAAAGAACUGAAUCGAGCUCAUGAUCGAUUUAUAGAUGUUGCGAUUCCACGCUACCACAAUUGAGGAGGCUCAUGUUGCCUUUGAUGACUUGGACUCUGAGAUUUUUUUGUGCGCCGUGAUAUUUUCCUUGCUUGUAUACUAUACCACUGUGAUACUGUGACGCUUGUUUGCACACAUAUCAAAACAAUACAAUAGACUCCUUCCCAUCUAGUCUCCAACGGUAUCUUUAUGCUCUAUAUAUAUAUUUAUUGUCCAGCGAUAUGAAAUAUGUCGCUGGAAGUAUUUGCAGCUGCUCUGUUUUUCUUGAAACAUAACGUAUAUGUGACUCCGUAUAUAACCGGAAAAUCCAGGGGAAUAAACAUAGGAUGCCCCUUAAGUAAAAUAAUCUUCGUAUAUCAACUGGAAAGUAUCUUCUUGCACGGAGUUUUGAUAUUUUGAUAAACAGCAGAAGUUCUUGGGGCAAAACGCUCGUCGACGCUAGCCCG